AGGGCGUCAUCCAUUCCGGGAGGAGUGACAUUCAUUUUUUCAAAAUCGAAACUUGUCACACAUUUCAAUGCGAGAGUGCUGUGUAUGUGGCCAGCUAGGACAGAAGAAGAGAAAGGAGAAAUAUUCUUGAAGUAUUUUGAAGAAAACCGACCAUCUUUAAAAACAGAAUGUCUAAGAAGAAUUCUACCAUGCUUGAAGAAAUCAGCCAUCUUUCCCAGCAUUAUGAAGAAAAAGUGCGACCCUGCAUUGACUUGGUGGAUUCCCUGAGGUCCUUGGGAGUGGAGCAGGACCUGGCUCUACCCGCCAUUGCGGUCAUAGGAGACCAGAGCUCAGGAAAGAGCUCUGUGCUUGAAGCUCUCUCAGGAGUGGCAUUGCCAAGGGGCACUGGCAUUGUUACACGCUGCCCCUUGGUUCUGAAGCUGAAGAGAGUUAAAAAUGGUGCUUACUGGAAAGGAAUGCUUUCAUACCAGAACCAUGUCAAAGUGGAGCUGAAAAACCAGGCUGAAGUGGGGGAUGCCGUUAAAAAAGCUCAGAAUGCUCUUGCUGGAGAAGGGAAAGACAUCAGUCAUGAGAUGAUUAACCUGGAGAUCCAUUCCACCAGUGUACCUGAUCUGACUCUUAUUGAUCUGCCUGGCAUUGCUAGAGUUGCCACAGGUAACCAGUCCCAGGACAUUGAAGAACAGAUUAAAAAACUGAUAGAAAAGUUCAUUAAGAAGCAAGAGACGAUCAAUUUGGUUGUGGUACCUGCAAAUGUUGACAUUGCCACCACAGAGGCCCUGAAGAUGGCUAAAACAGUGGAUCCUCAUGGGGAGAGGACUCUAGGGAUCCUAACAAAACCUGACUUGGUGGACAAAGGGGCGGAGGAGAGUGUUGUCAAUACUCUCAACAAUCUUGUCAUCCCACUCAAGAAAGGCUACAUGGUGGUGAAGUGUAGAGGCCAGAGGGAUAUCAAUGAUAACAUGUCUCUGGCCAAAGCACUGGACAAGGAGAAGAAGUUCUUUGAAAACCACACCCACCUCCGCACUUGUCUGGAUGAAGGGAAAGCCACCAUUCCUCACCUAUCAGAACGACUAACCAAUGAACUGGUGUCUCACAUCAAAAGAUCCCUUCCCCAGUUGGAGAAACAGAUUAAAGACAAACUGGAGAAGGCUGUUACAGAGCUGAGGAGGCUGGGAGAUGGAGUCCCUCAAGAUGAGGCUGAAAGGGCCAACUUCCUCGUUGAGAAAAUUAACAGCUUCAACCAGGUUCUCACAGACAUGGUUAGGGCAGAGGAGGAGGUUGGAGACUCCCAGACAAGAGUUUUUACAAACAUUCGGAAAAUGUUCAAAAAAUGGAAGACAGAUCUUGACAGUAAAGCCAUCGACUUAGAGGAGUAUUUACGUGAUGAGGUAGAGGAUUACAACGUAGCUCACAGAGGCAAAGAGCUACCUGGCUUUGUGAACUACAGGACAUUUGAAACCAUUGUCAAAAGACAUGUGGAGGACUUGGAAGAACCGGCGAUGAAUCUCCUACGAGCUACCACAGAUAUCAUCACUACUGCUGUGAAUCAGACCACCAGCACCUUUUUUGAAGCUUAUCCCAGUCUGAUGAGAGCCGCUAAGGAUCCACUGGAGGACCUUAGAGAACAGGAGUUCGAAAGGGCCGAGGAGAGACUGAAGUCACAGUUUAAGAUGGAGAGAAUAAUUUAUUCCCAAGAUGGCCUCUACAGCCGCCAUUUAGAUGCUGUCAAAGCGAGACCUGAAUCUACCAAUCUUUCUGCCAUGCGUGCUGCCCAGAGAGUUGCCAAGCCUGUCAAUGCAGACAUUCGUGAGAUGGCUCAACAUCUAAGCGCCUACUACAUGAUCACCUCCGAUAGACUGGCCAAUCAGGUGCCCCUGAUUGUGCUGUACCACAUGUUGGAGCAGUACACUGUUAAUUUGAAGGCUGCCAUGUCAGGCAUGAUCAGACACAAAGAUGCAGACAGUUUUGUCCAGGAGAAGAAAGACAUCGCCUUGAAGAGGACGCGUCUUUCUGAGCGAAUUGAGAGAUUGAAGAAGGCCCGUCAAGUUCUGGCCAAGUCUGUGCCAGAUAUAUAGAUGUCAAAGGUGUUUAGAACGUAUGAGUCUUCUCCUAGUUCUAGUUCAGAAUACCUGUUUUUUAGUUUAGUUUUUAAAUCACUGUCACACUCAGCAUUUAUUGCAAUUGUUAACCUUAUGUUUUCUCUGUAGUGACCCAACAGUUUGUUGUGAAAUGCAGUUACUGAAUAUUCAGCCUUCACAAUAUACAGCAUUCAAUAUACAGCGGAGUCAAAUUAGAGCACCAUCUGUAGUGACAUAGCUUCUCUGAGUUGAAAUAUGAUAGAUAAAUAUAUAUAUAUAUAAAUACAUUUUGGGAAUGUUAAAAGGUUUGUGGAACCACCCUGCUAACUUUACACUGUAGAAUAGUUUUUUCAUAGUUUUAUUAGUUUUAUGACAAACACACACACACACACACACACACACACACACACACACACACACACACACACACACACACACACACACACACACACACACACACACACACACACACACACACACACACACACACACACACACACACACACACACACACACACACACACACACACACACACACUCACUCACUCAUUUGGGAACAGAUAUCUGUGAUGUAUGGAUUUAUAUAACUUUUAAUGUACUGCAUUUAGUAUCUUAUAUUGUUUCUGUUACUUCUGCCAUGUCAUAUAAGAACAUCAUUUAAGAUAAAUUGUCUUGAAAGGAAAACAUUCAUUAACAAAUGAUUUGUGAUGAUUGUGAAUGAUUCAGUAAA